CCGCAGCCUCCCUAGGACUUUGAAUAUGUCGGGGAUCGCCCUCAGCAGACUCGCCCAGGAGAGAAAAGCUUGGAGAAAAGACCACCCAUUUGGUUUUGUAGCUGUCCCAACAAAAAACCCCGACAGCACAAUGAACCUCAUGAACUGGGAGUGUGCCAUUCCAGGGGAAAGAGGGACCCCUUGGGAAGGAGGCUUGUUUAAACUACGCAUGGUCUUCAAAGAUGACUAUCCAUCCUCACCUCGGAAAUGCAAAUUUGAACCACCAUUAUUUCACCUGCACGUGUACCCUUCGGGCACUGUGUGCUUGUCCAUCCUCGAGGAAGACAAGGACUGGAGGCCAGCCAUCACAAUUAAGCAGAUCUUAUUAGGAAUACAGGAACUUCUAAAUGAACCAAAUAUUCAAGAUCCAGCUGAAGCAGAGGCAUACACAAUUUACUGCCAAAACAGAGUGGAAUAUGAGAAAAGGGUUCGAGCACAAGCCAAGAAGUUUGCACCCUCAUAAGCAGCGACCUGCGGCAGGCAACAUCAAAAGGAAGGGAUUGGUUUGGCAAGAACUUGUUUACAACAUUUGCAGAUCUAGCGUUGCUCUAUACAAUGACUAGUCACCUAGGGGAGGUGGGCGGGCACCAUUUUCCAUUUCUGCCACUGGUACACAGUUCUCCACUUGCUGAAUUGCCCAGUUUUUCAUACAGGGUCUCUUCCUUCAAUCUUAUGUAUUUUGAUUGUUAUGUAAAACUUGCUUUUAUUUUAAUAUUGAUGUCAGUAUUUCAACUGCUGUAAAAUGAUAAACUUUUAUACUUCAAAAAAAUCAAUUUGCAAUGAAUAUUAUAAAAAUAAAUAUAUUACUCACAAUUGGGGUGUUCUGAAAUAUUUUCAGCUGAAAAUUCUCACGAAA